AUGACAAACCACCCAUUCCACCUCAUAGACUCCAUCGACUGGGCAUCACUAAGCCACGCCUACGGCGAGGCCACCAACGUCCCAACAGACCUCCGAGCACUGGUAUCGCCCAACCCUGAGGAGCGAAAAGCCGCCUACACCUCGCUCACAGGGACAAUAUACCACCAAGGCUCGCGGUACUCCGCCAGCGCACCCGCCGUGCCAUACCUCCUCGCGAUCCUCCAAGACCCCUCCACGCCAGACAGAGCCCGCCUCAUAGACUUCAUCAUGCAUCUCGCCCUCGGCUACGACACGAUGCAUCUCCCAGGAGGAAUCAACAUGCGCGCGUGGCGCGCGCAAAUCGCCGAGCUAAAGUCCCCCGACUACGAAGCCGUCUGGAAUAGGCGCAUGGACGAGUGGAUCGCACAGGCGCCGGACGACGGGGCCCGGCACUGGCGGCGCAUGAUGCGGGCGAUCGGGUUCAGACAGGGGCAGGAGGAGUCUCUGCAUGCGUUUGCGACGUAUGAAGCUGUCCGCGAGGGUGUCCCUGUGUUUCGCGGGUGUCUGGAGGAUGAGAGCGAGGAUGUGCGCUUGUGGGCGGCGUAUGCGCUGGCGUGGUUCCCCGAGGAGCGGGCGACGAGUGCGCCGCUGCUGGAGGGGGUGCUGGAUCGCGAGCUGGGUGCUGCGGUGCGUGCGUGUGCGAUCAUUGCGCUGGGGUUGCUGUUUGGUUGUCAGGAUGGGCUUGGGGAUGGGGCGCCGCCGGAGGGGGUUGAGGCGCUGGUGUCGCGGUUGCGUGGUGGGCAGCUGCUGUGGCUCUUGUCCGGUUGA